CAUAUAUAUACACACAUACAUUUAUAUCUAUAUAUACAUAUACGUAUAUAUAUAUAUAUAUAUUUUCUCUUUUUCUUUAUCUCUGUGUCCUCGUUUCCUUGUUUUAGAGAAACACACUCAUUAUAGUCCUUUUUUUUUAGAAAACACUUUUCUUCAUCAUCUCCUCUCUGGUCAUGUCACAAGCUUCACUUCAAUCAGAAGAACACAAACCUUCUCAAUUUGUACCUCAAUCCAGUUCCUCAAAGAAAGAAAAAGGCAAAAAGCAAGUUGAUCCCGACUAUGUUAAAUCUCCUUUACCUCCCCGUCCAUCCAGCGAAAACAAUAGGCCCUCUUCCACUUCAACCAGUAGCCGUGGAGGAAGCUUGAAACCAUUUCAAAAAGGUGGAUUUUUGUCGUUACUUUUGUGCUGUACAGUAGGUGCAAGCUCAUUUCUCGACAAUAGUGAUAAAUCGUCGCUCCAGAACAAAAAGAAUCGAUCGAGUCGUACCAGUCUACAAAACCCAGUAGUUGUCAAAGAAAAACCAGCAUUGCACAUCGCUACCAGCUCAACAGAAUUAGAUACUCUGUCGUCUACCAGUUCACAUCUUGUUCAUAGUCAUAUCACGCAUCCUAAUAAUAAUACAACUAAUACUGCAACAAACAUCCAUCAUACCAAUUCUACUACUACUAUUACUUCUAAUCAUACUAAUACUAAUACUAAUAACACUACAGCACUUGAUUCACCUGUUUCUAUUCAAACAUCUACUGUGGGUCCUGUUGUUUGGUUAUUACCGCCGUUGGCUAAGGAAGAUAAGGAGCGUAAAUGUCUUGUGCUUGAUCUUGACGAGACACUGGUUCAUAGCUCAUUCAAGAUUAUUCCAAACCCUGAUUUUAUUGUACCUGUAGAGAUUGAUAAUCAAUAUCAUAAUGUAUAUGUAUUAAAAAGACCUGGUGUUGAUGAAUUCAUGCGUAAAAUGGGUGAAAAGUAUGAAAUUGUUGUAUUUACUGCCAGUUUGGCUAAGUAUGCUGAUCCAGUACUCGAUAUGUUGGAUGUUCAUAGAGUAGUCAAACAUCGAUUGUUUAGAGAAUCCUGCUUUAAUCAUAAAGGCACUUAUGUUAAGGAUUUGUCACAAUUGGGUAGAGAUUUGGCUUCUACACUUAUUCUUGAUAAUUCACCUGCUAGUUAUAUCUUCCAUACAUCCAAUGCUGUUCCUGUCUCCACAUGGUUUAAUGACCCUCAUGAUACCGAAUUAACUGAUCUUGUUGCUUUUUUAGAGGACUUGACAGUGGUUGAUGAUGUUCAAGUUGUGUUGGACAAUGUUAUUGAUCCAGCGCUUGUUUCUUCUACUGCUUAAGUCCUUUUUUUUUAUUUUCGUAUUUUAUAAUACCCAUAUUUUAUAUAUUUCUAUUAAAAAAAGUCUACUUUGUAAAAUA